AUGAAAUUGUACAAGCCCAGACAGACUGGAGUUCUACACGGCUCUGGGCUCGCUCUCUGCUGGGGACAAUCAAAAGCAACACUCCACCGAACGCUUCUUCCGCUUCUUGAUUGGUCCCGUCUUCUCUCCGGCCCUGUCAUCUCCAAGGUGAUCGGCUUCCUCCCCCCCGCGGACUUCCCCCAGCCUGGCGCCAAACCACCUCAAACCCUCACCUCAUAUUCGCUGCUAUCUCGUCUCUCCGCAGCGGGGUGCUACUUCCACUCAUGCCUUCAUUCCUUGUUCCGAUCCGCGCCCUUGCUAGACUCUGAUCUCUUGCACAGCCGUAUUCUGUCGGCACUAAACGUGGACGGCUUGGCCUGCAACACCGACAUCAGCCCGAGGCAACUGCACAAGGCUGCCCGCUUCAGCUCGGUCAGCUUUCAGCGUAUCUUUGGCUUCGCGCCCGAAAGCCGCAUAGACCCAGCGAGUUGGGAAUUCCACCUUGACCACUUGGUGAUAUACUGGGGGUCGCCGCCUGCGAAACCCCGCCGCCUGCCCCGGCCGCUCUCGUGCUUUACUUCGUCAUUUGAAUCCAUCGUCGACCAGAUUGGAGGCGGCUCCCCCGAGGUUGGCUUCGCUCUGGCACGGACCAACAAGCCCGCGCAGAAACCGCGUCAACGUCGCUGGACCCCCAAGGUCAAGACUGGCUGCAUUACCUGCCGCCUCUCCUACAGCAUCCGCCGCGUCAAGUGCGACGAAGGUCGUCCCGCGUGCACAAAGUGCAUCUCAACCGGCCGCCAGUGCGACGGCUUCGAAACCGCCCCCGAGCCGCCCACCGCCGUCCUCCCGUCCCAGCACGGCCUGCACGCCCUCACGCCGCUCUACGGGCAGGCGACGGCGCCCGAGCGGGCCAUGUUCGACCUCUUCCGCACCCGGACGGUGACGCAGGUCGCCGGCGCCUUUUACCAGCCCUUUUGGCACGUCGACGUGCUGCUGGCCGCGCAGACGCAGCCGGCGCUCUGGCACGCCAGCCUCGCCAUGGCCGCCAUGUACGCGUGGUUCGAGACGGACGACGACGACGACAUGCGCGCGCAGAAGACCCUCCGCCGGGACCACUACCACUUUGCGCUGCGGCAGUACAACGCGGCCAUUGCGCACCUCGUGGCCCUGGCGCCGCGCGGCCAGGACGCGGCCGCGGCCGAGGUGCUGCUCAUGGCGAGCGUGCUCUUCACCGGGCUCAGCAGUCUGCGCGGCGACCCCCGCGAGGCCAUGCUGCACGCGAGCCACGGGCUGCGCGUCGCGCGGCAGUGGCAGUUUGUGGAGAAGAUGGAGGCGGCGCAGCCGACGACGACGGCGUCGGCUGCCCUGCUGCCGCCCAAGUCGCUCGUCGGCCUGGUCGACGGCUUCGAGGUGCAGUACAUGUGGACGGGCGCGCGGCCGCCGAUUCUGCGGCGCGGCGCGCUGCCGAGAGCGGUGCCCGUGGCGCCGUUCAGCUCCGCGACGGAGGCGUGCUUUGAGCUGCAGCGGCUGGUGGGCGGGCUGCUGACGGCGGUGCGCAGCGAAAAGGUGCGGCGGACUGCAACGGCGGCGGCGGCGCCGGUGCCGGACCUGCGGCAGCCGUACCGCCACGCGCUGUCGGCGUGGAAGGUCAAGUUUGCGCAGCUCAAGUGGUCGCAGCGCCUGCGGCAGACGGACCUCGACUGCGCGCUCGUGCUGGACAUUUGGCUCUGCGGCGCCGAGAUUGCCGCGCGCAUCGACCUGCGCCGGUACGAGCUGGCCUGGGACGCCUUUGCCGGCCGGUUUCGCCGCAUCGUCCGGCUGGCGCGCAGGCUCCUCGUCGCCGACGAGGCCCUGCUGCGCCUGGAGGACCGACGCCCCGUGUACUCGUUCUCGCCGUCCGUGUGCGAGCCGCUCUUCAUGGUCGCCAGCAGCUGCCGCGACGGCGCGCUCAGAAGGGAGGCCAUGGCGCUGCUGCGGCAGCGGCCCCGGCGCGAGGGCAUCUGGGACGCCAGGCUCAUGGCGGCGAUUGCGGAAGCCAAGAUGCGGAUUGAGGAGCGCGGCAUGGCGGGGGAGGCAGGGUGUGGGUGUAUCCCGGGUGUGUAUAUUUGUAAUACCCAUCGGGUCUUCUUCAUGGAUAUUGAGUUCUUGCCAGAGAGGGCGGCAACGGCAGUCAUGAAGACGUUGCAUGAUGUGGCGAUGGGCUCGGAGGGGCAGGCCGUGACCAUUACCUACUGA